AUGAUAGUGGUUGAGAAGGUGCUUGUGAUAGGUGCUGUCAUUGCCGCGGCCCAAGCUGGACUUUUGGGUCUUGGGCAUGGAGGAUACGGACAACAUGGUCCGCAACACGGUGGAUACAACUACAAUGGUGCACAUGGAGUGCCUGCAUUUUCUGGAGCAUACCCUGGACAAUUUGCCCAUCCUGGACCACAAGCCAAUCCAUGGGCAUUUAACAGUCCCUUAGCAGGUCACACAGCACCUUUGGGCCACGCCUCACCUCUAAAUCACGCUGCUUAUCCAGGUGCACCAAAUGGUGGCCUCAACGGCCCUCUUGGUCACGGUAAUACCUUUGGCCGUGCUAUUUCGCACGUUGAUAGAACUGAUAUCAUACAAGCUUCCCCAAUCGGUCAUGCUAAUGCUGCCCAUUUAGCGCAUCCAGGUUUAGCUCACCAAGCAGCUCUUUCGCCUGCCAUGAAUUUAGCUCCUAACGCCCUCUCUCACGUUUCAAAUGUAAUUCAUCCAGCUUCAGCAAUUCAUUCUAGACCCUUAGCCCAUAUUCCUAAUGCUCCCUUAGGACACAUUCCCAAUGCCGCUCCAUUGGGACACGUUGCACCUUUAGCUCAAGCUGGUGCCUUCCCUCAUGUCGGUCCUCUAGCAAAUGCCGGACCUUUUGCUCACACUGCUGCGUUAGCCCACGGUGCUCCUUUACCCCACCCUGGCGCUGGACCUCUGGCUUACCCUGGACCUCAUGUGGCUCCCUCAGGCUAUCUACCACCAUUGACCCACAACUCACCUUUAGCCCCUGUAGCUCCACUAGCUCACUCUACUUUAGCCCAUCCUGCAUCUCUUUCAAAUGGUCUUGGCGGAUAUGCAAGACAGUAUGCCGGUGCCGAAAACUAUCACUCAUACCCUAAGUACCAAUACUCAUACUCCGUCCAGGACCCCAACACUGGAGACAAUAAAGCGCAACAUGAGACCCGUGAUGGUGAUGUUGUUAAAGGGGAAUACUCUUUAGUUCAACCUGACGGUUCUUAUAGAAAAGUAUCCUACGCUGCUGAUGACCACAAUGGUUUCAAUGCGGUUGUACAGAACUCAGGACCUAGUCAUCAUGUCUACUCUUCACAACGUCAUCAAAAAUGGUAG